AUCAGCGGAAAUAGCCGCAGCCAUUGCCCACUGUAAAGAGCGGCUCAAAGAGCGCAUGUCGGAAAGGAACUCGCCAAUAAAGCAGAUGUACCUUGACAAACUUGUUCAGCUGAACCUUGAGAAACAGAAUCUAGAGGUUAGCUUCUUUUGUCUUUUGGAAAGCUCUGCUGCAGCUGACGAGGUGACCAAAGUCCUGGGUCACGAAUUCCAGCUACAGAAAACUCACGGACGAAGGAACCCUUACUGUGAGGUCUGUAUGGGAACAAUUUGGCGCAUGGUUCAGUCAUGGCGGCGAUGUAAAGUUUGUGGAAUUCGAGUUCACGAUAAGUGUGCCAACGAAGUACGUCGAGUUUGUGCUGGAGUAGCAGCAUCUCGACGUGACUUUCGAUUAGCAACGUCUAUAUGCGAAGAAAGAGGACUUUGUGCUCAAAACUACGCAUGUGCGGAAUGUGAAGCUCCGCUUGCUUAUGAUGGACCUGUCAACCAGCAGCCAAGGCUUUGUGAAUAUACUGGUCUUUUAUUUUGUUCUCGUUGUCACUGGGCUGAUCAGUGGUCCAUUCCUGCGAGAAUUAUCCAUAAUAUGGAUGCAAGACCGAGACCAGUUUGUCGAGCAGCCAAGCAGCUUCUAGCAAUUAUUGAUAAUCGGCCACUAAUCGACUUGUCACAAGUGAAUCCAUCCCUGAUCAAGUAUCAUAAGGAACUGAAAAGAGUGCAACAACUACGACGCAACUUUCUCCUCAUGAAAUGCUACUUUGUCAGCUGUCGCGUGAGUUUUACUUUU